AUGUUGGUGUUCUGCCUCGAGAAGCAAGAAGAAGCUGGUGAUGGAGAUUUAGCGGGUGGAGUAGUGAGGCGGUCUAUUGAUCACUUCUUAUUGCAGGUCGGGGCGUCCGUGACUAAAUUGGACCGCCAUGUGCCUCCAAUCAUCAAGCAAGCUUCUUCCCAGGCCUUCUCAGCUGCUCAAAGCGCCCCAGAGGUAGCUCGAGCUGUUGCCUCUAAAGUUAAGCGUGCUGGGGUGGUGGACACCGCUUCAGGUAUUGCCAAAUCUGUUUUAACCAAGUGCGAGCCAACUGCUAAAGAUCUAUACUCCAAGUAUGAACCAAAAGCAGAGCAGUGCGCGGUGUUAGCUUGGCGCAAGCUCAAUCAGCUGCCCCUCUUUCCCCAAGUGGCUCAAGUUGUUGUCCCAACCGCAGCUUAUUGUACGGAGAAGUACAACCAAACAGUGCGCAACACUGCAGAGAAGGGUUACAGGGUUUCGCCUUACCUACCCUUGGUCUCUACAGAAAGGAUUGCCGAGGUUUUCAGGGGCGCUAGUGCUGAACCAGAGCCUUUGCUUACCAAUGGAAAUCAAAUCUCAAAAUAA